AUGACUAUUUUAAAGUUAUUUAUAGCCUCACUUUUAGUAAGCUAAAUAUUCGCUGCACAAGGUGCCGACGUUACUUGCUCUGCUACAACUUGCGCAACUGUUGGAACUUGUACAGCUGUUCCGACUGUUCCUGCUAGUUUGGCCUGGUAGAAUGGUGGUGCUACUGGAAAAUGUGCUAUUACUAACUGCCCUGCAAGUACUUCAUCAGGACUUACUGGUGCUUCUGAUCUUUUCUGUCAAUCUUGUCCUGGUAGUGGAGUUGCAGCUGUGUUUGCUAAUACUGCAUUAACUGGUUGUGUUGCUGCUACUGCAACUUGUGGUGCUACUAGAGCUACUAAUACAUGGUCUAACGCAGAUUGUCUCGCCUGUAAUGGAAAUACCGCCUAAUAUGCUACCUUAGAUAGAUCUAGUUGCUAAGCAAAUGCACCUGGUGCUGAUGUUAGUUGCUCUGCUGCAACAUGCACUACCGUUGGAACUUGCACAGCUGCUCCUACUGUUCCUGCUGGUUUGACCUGGUAGAAUGGUGGAGCUACUGGAAAAUGUGCUAUUGCUAGUUGUCCUGCAAGUACUUCAUCAGGACUUACUGGUGCUUCUGAUCUUUUCUGUCAAUCUUGUCCUGGUAGUGGAGUUGCAGCUGUAUUUGCUAAUACUGCAUUAACUGGUUGUGUUGCUGCUACUGCAACUUGUGGUGCUACUAGAGCUGCUAAUACAUGGUCUAACGCAGAUUGCCUUGCCUGUAAUGGAACUAGCAGCUAAUAUGCUAAGGCUGAUAAAUCUGGUUGCUAAGCAAAUCCUGUACCUGCUGCUGGUGCUGAUGUUACUUGCUCUGCUGCAACAUGCGCAACCGUUGGAACUUGCACAGCUGUUCCAACUGUUCCUGCUGGUUUGACCUGGUAGAAUGGUGGAGCUACUGGAAAAUGUGCUAUUGCUAGUUGUCCUGCAAGUACUUCAUCAGGACUUACUGGUGCUUCUGAUCUUUUCUGUCAAUCUUGUCCUGGUAGUGGAGUUGCAGCUGUGUUUGCUAAUGCUGCAUUAACUGGUUGUGUUGCUGCUACUGCAACUUGUGGUGCUACUAGAGCUGCUAAUACAUGGUCUAACGCAGAUUGCCUUGCCUGUAAUGGAACUAGCAGCUAAUAUGCUAAGGCUGAUAAAUCUGGUUGCUAAGCAAAUCCUGUAUCUGCUGCUGGUGCUGAUGUUACUUGCUCUGCUGCAACAUGCGCAACCGUUGGAACUUGCACAGCUGUUCCAACUGUUCCUGCUGGUUUGGCCUGGUAAAAUGGUGUAGGUUCUGGAAAAUGUGCUAUUGCUAGUUGUCCUGCAAGUACUUCAUCAGGACUUACUGGUGCUUCUGAUCUCUUCUGUCAAUCUUGUCCUGGAACUCCUAAUGGCUAAGUUCAAGCUGUCUUUGCUAAUAAAGGAUAAACUGGUUGUGUGGCUUCAACUGGAACUUGUGGUGCUAGUAGAACUGCUAAAACAUGGACUAAUGCCGAUUGCCUUGCCUGUAAUGGAAGUAGCACUUAAUAUGCUAUGGCUGAUAAAUCAGGUUGCUAAGCAACAGCUCCUUCUACUUCAACAAACUCAAUGAUAAUUUUGAGUUCAGUUUUAUUUUUAAUUUCAUUCCUUUUCUGA